AUGAAGGGCCGCUGGGAGCCGCGAGGUCUGGCCGCACUACAGAGAGACGCCGGCCGGCGUUUGGCGAAGCUCUCACCUGCGCUCGAAGAGCCCCUGACCUCCCGCCCGCGACACUCCGCCCGGGGGCUUCACGAGGCUCCGGCACAUUCCGCGGCCCCUCGACACUGCUCGCAACAAAAUCUGGAGCUGGAGCUCCUGAAACCCAUCGACACCUCCGAGCUGAGUGCAGGCAGCCCGGAGGAGGAGCGGCGAUUUCCGCUGCUUUCCACUGCUUUCCAUUCUCUGGGAAUUCUGACGGCUGUGGCCUUUAUUGCCAACUGCACCGUACUGUUCUUUACCUUGUUACUGGGCAUCGCCGCUAAUGCUUUUGUAGUUUGGGCAGUGAUCCGUCAGAAGUCACUACAGACGUUCAACAACGCACUCUUGGUGAAUCUAGCUAUCGUCGAUCUCAUCCGAUGCACGAUCGACUGCCCCCUACUUGUGUCCAUUGAACUGCGGGCAUACGGGAUUGGUGCGUCGGGUGCCUUGCUCUGUGAUGCGCAAAUGGUGUCUUUUUCCUUAGGUUGCUGCGUGCAGCUACUUACGUUGGCCAGUAUCAGCGCAGAGCGAUACCAAGCCGUAGCCAAUCCUUUUCAACAUAAACAGCGCCGAAUACGGAUCAUAGUGUGGAUACCUCUGACGUGGACUGUGGGGUUAGUCUUGACAGCUUUCUGCAUGAGCCGUCCAAGAGAUGCCCCUAUAUAUCUGAAAUGUAAUGGAAUAGGCCUAGACAAAGACAGCCUGCCCAAUGACACUUUUGGACGAUAUAUUUUAAUUCCCGUUUGGUCUGGAUGUUUUUUUGUCAUAAUUGGAUUCUAUGGCCGCAUAUAUUGGAUAGUAAAGACACACAACAAGAAAAUAUUUGACAAAGGCGUUCUUCCUCCUCCGAAAAAGAAACUUGAAAUUGUUGUGGAUGAUGGAAAGACCGCCGAGGAUAAAAGCAAUAAAUUGGAAAAACACGAAUCUAAGAAAUCAGAGACAGAUGACCAGGAGGUCGCUGGCGCCGUGUGCAUGAUGCCGUCCAAGGUCAGCAAAGAGAGAGCGAGCAAGAAGAAGGAGGGCAAGCUGGCCAAGCGCUCUGGUUAUAUUAUACUCACGUUCGUCAUGUUCUGGACUCCACUCAUCGUGUCCAUACUGGUCAACUUCUUCGCACACAAAUACGAUACUAAACAAGUGUGGAUUGCAAUGGAGCUUGAAAUCUUGUCAAUUACGGUGGCCUGUAUGACAUCGGCCACGAACCCAGUAACAUACGCAGCGGUUAACCCACAAUUUCGAACUGAGUUUCUGAAGUUAAAGUUGAAGUGUAAAAGACUCAAAAAGCGUUUUUUAAAACGUUAA